AUGGUCGAUGAAGAACCGCCUAUUACUAUGCUUGCUCUGUGGGGAGAACAGCGAAGACCUAUCUCAAUAAAAAUCAAUGAUGAAUUAUCUAUUAUUGAAAGCGCUAUCAUUAUUGCUUUUGAAUUACAACAAAUAAAUCAUUUACGUAAUUAUCAACUUCAAUAUUAUGAUAACAAUCGUCAACGAUUUAUUGAUUUAUAUUCUGGAACAGUACAUGCAUUUCAACAAGUUUUACGUAAACUUUCAUCACCGGAACCGCCACCACAAUCAUCCAAAGAAUGGUUUUUAAAAAUUAUUCUGAAAACAAUCACAACUAAACAUCAUAAUUCCCGGGAAUCAAUUACUGACGAUACUUAUAGUUAUCAACAAGAAAAUGAUACAACAGUAUUUUCUGAGGGUGAAGAAGCUUAUCUCAUGGCAUCUCAUACAUCUAUUUUCACUGAACGGCCAGUACUUGCCGAUUUUCACAAUCCAUUAGAUGUAACUAAAACUGAAAUAGUUCAGCACAAAACUGUUGAUGAUAAUCAACAAGAUGUAACUCAAUCAGAUGCGCUACUGUUACCAUCAAUGACAAUUCCUGCUGCAAUAAUUGCUACAGAAAAAAAUCCAUACGUUUUAGGCUUUGAUUGCAACUUGUCGCCACAACAAAGAUUACAAUUUGAAAGCGAUAUGAUUCGCCCAGGAACAUCAAAAAAAACAAGUAUGGGUGGUGUUCUACUUCGAGCAGCUAGUAAGUCGACAGCUAGUUCAACUGAUGAAAUAUCUUAUCCGACAGUGCAUUUCGAAAUUCCGGGAACUGAACUUCAUUUGAACUGGAUUAUGUUUAUUUACAUAUUAACUGAAGCUGAUAUGAGCGGUACUCAUUAUUUACAUGCUUCCAAAGGUAUAUAUGAUAAUUGUACAAAAGAUCAAGAUAAAUUCGGUAUCAUUGAAAAUACAAAGUUAGUUAAUCCACAUGUUGUUCAAUUAUCGCAAGAUGAACUCCGUGCUGGCAGAUAUUCACUGCGUUUAAAAGUUUGCAAUAUCAAAAAUUUACCCACUCGUAAACGAGCACGUUUACGAGAAUUUCCUGGAUUAAAUAAAUUUUUAAUUGUUAACGAUGAUAAUCUGUUAUCGACGAAGACAACAUCUGAUUUAAAUUUUUCAAGUGAAAAAUAUCAUGUCGGAUGUAUUCUGGUUCAUGGGAAUACAGUACGUGAUAGAUGCAUAUCAAGUUUAACAAUAGCUCCAAAUACUCGAAAACGAACUGAUACUGAUCAAUCAAACCAACAAAUGGAUGAAUAUCCCGACAAGAAGUAUAGAGCAAAUUCAUGA